AUGUAUCCUGCUUCGCUUUAUAAGGUUACUCGCUACCGUGGUGAGGAUGCUCACCCGGAAGUAAACUUCGAUAAUGAAGGUUGGUCAAAGGACGAAGAUUUGAAAUUUGAUGAAUUUCGUGGACGCAGGUCCCAUGCCCCGGAUCCUUUGCCUUUGAAUGAUACAGUGUUUGAAGAUGAAAUCUUUCCGCUCAGAACCACCAUUAACGCCGACCAUCCAGUAUUUGACUGGGGUCUCGGUUGUUUUGGUAAUUCUACCAAACUGGUUGAUACUGGGAAGGAAGAACUAGUUGAUCUUUAUUGGACUGACUUUCACGAGAUCAGAACCGCUAAGGAACUCAUGAAUGGAAAUCAGGUUUGGAAUGACGAUGAUUGGAUUCGUUACAAACGAGUAUACCAACGCGAAGAGGAAGACAAGUCCGUUUCGGAGCUUAUCCAAUUCCAUGAACGUGAAAAAGCAGACGAGGAGGCCCAGUACAAGAAGCACCAAGUAGAAGCAUCAGAGUUUUUUCGCUGA